UACACAUAAUAGUCACGUUUAGAGCACAACCUUCUGCGUCACACACAGUAUCACGUUGUUUACCCGUGUGCAACUGAAGUUCGACGAUUCUGGCAGAUAUAUCAAAGACACUGCAUGUGUUAUCCGUGUGCUACUGUGUUGUACGGAUGACAUGUCGGUGGGGACUAGCUUACUUGACUCAAAACUUUGACACUACCGCCACAUGGAAUCUACCCAGUUGGUACUGAAAUGAUUCAUUUACAGAAGAUUCAAAACAAACUGUCUCCCCGCGCAUGGCAUAAAUGUUAAAGGAUACUGAUCUGCAUGAAGAGAAUAAUACUGAUCUGCAUGUAGAGCAGGAUACUGGUCUGUCUGCACGAAAAGAAUGACAUUGAUCUGCAUGUAGAGCAGGAUACUGGUCUGUCUGCAUGAAGAGAAUGACAUUGAUCUGCAUGUAGAGCAGGAUACUGGUCUGUCUGCACGAAGAGAAUGAUACUGAUCUGCAUGUAGAGCAGGAUACUGGUCUAUCUGCACGAAGAGAAUUACACUGAUCUGCAUGUAGAGCAGGAUACUGGUCUGUCUGCACGAAAAGAAUGACAUUGAUCUGCAUGUAGAGCAGGAUACGGGUCUGUCUGCAUGAAGAGAAUGAUACUGAUCUGCAUGUAGAGCAGGAUACUGGUCUGUCUGCAUGAAGAGAAUGAUACUGAUCUGCAUGUACAGCAGGAUACUGGUCUGUCUGCAUGAAGAGAAUGACACUGAUCUGCAUGUAGAGCAGGAUAGUGGUCUGCAUGACACAGGAACCACUGAAGGAAGGCUACCUUACAUGAAGACAUUAUUCCUACAUGAUGAUACCGUGCACGUAUUUUAAGGAUGGCACAGGGAACGAUUGGUGUUGAUCAGAUUAAGUACGACAGUCUCCACGGUUCUCAGUGUCAACAAUGCUUGGGUAUAGCGCAAACUGAUCCACGGGAUAUUCCUUUACCUGAAAGUAGAUACUUACCAAUUCAUGUAAGUGUCUCCUUGAUCAACCCACCACCAAAAGUUCAAAACAACCAAAAGGAACGUAACCAUUCACAGGACCAAAGCAGGUCAAAGGAUCGCACCACUUCAAAGAAGCCUUCCAGAUCAAAGUAUCAAAGAAGGUCGAAACAACAUUGCAAAACAAGGAGUUGUAGCAGAAGCAGGUCAACAGAUAGCAGCAGGACAGGAUAUCGAAGCGGGUCAAAAGAUCGCAGGACAAGACAUCGAAGCCGGUCAAAAGAUCGCAGGACAAGGAAUCGAAGACGGUCAAAAGAUCACAGCAGGAGAGGUGAUCGAAGCGGGUCAAAAGAUCGCAGGACAAGACAUCAAAGCCAGUCAAAAGAUAGCAGCAGGAGAGGUGAUCAAAACAGGUCAAAAGAUCUCAACAGGAAGGACAUCGAAGCGGGUCAAAAGAUCGCAGCAGUAAAAGACAUCGAAGCAGGUCAAAAGAUAGCAGCAGGACAGGUGAUCGAAGCAGGUCAAAAGAUCAUAGGACAGGAUAUCAAAGUAGGUCAACAGAACGCAGGACAGGACAUCGAAGCAGGUCAAAAGAUCGCAGCAGGACAGGAGAUCGAAGCGGGACUAAGGCUAAAGGAAGGAAAGAUAAAAGAAACGCGUUCGUUAGUGAACUUUUGAUAAAGAUUUCUGCACUUCGCAACAGCAAAGGGGGAGCAAUCUUAAUACAUUUGGCGGGUCUCGCAGAGAAUGACAGAUGCCUUGAAUAUCUUCAUGAGCUGGUUGAUGGCAAGCUCAAUUCUUUGAUCGAAGAUGGAAAGCUUUUUGUUAGGGUUUACAAAAAAGUGUUGGUUGCCUGAAGAAGAAAUUAGCUACAGAGACUUUGUUGCUGUCAUUGUGCUGCCAUCGGCCACAGUUGUUACUGCAGACUUCAAUACAAAGAUACCCUUAGACAACAGCAUUGUAGAUCCCACAAACAAUACAGUGCAGAAGUUUCUGAGAGACAAGACAGCGUUUGAGGAUACACAAGCCAGAAUAAGAGGACUAUCAAUUGAAAAUUUACAGGAAAGUCGAUGCGUGCAAGUGAAGGGGUUUACACAUCAGGAUGUAACUCUCAAAGAACAAUUACUUAGCGACAACAGUAAACUAAGUGACUAUAUCUGGAAGGAGCUAAAAUUAGGACAAUACAUUAGCGCGUUUUCCAAAAUAGAUGGAGGGGGGUCGUUUUACUUAGGUAUUGUUGAAAAGGAAAUUAUACAGGGUUCCUACACGUCCAAAACAUUUUAUAUUGAUGGAUUUAAACUCGAAUCUGAACGUCAUUCAGAUUUAAGAAUCAUACUUCUCAAGAACAUUGUUGAUGAAAUAAUGGUGUUGUCUUAUGACAACAAAACUCUUCACUUGAAGUCUCCUGAACUUGAUGAAUUCCUAAAGAUCGCCUUCCAUGAUACUGACAAACCAGACUACUACGUUCUUGAAGUUGCAGUUGGAGCAGUUGAUGGAAUCAUGUUUUACGACAAACACGGGCCUGAAUCAUAUGAAGUUAGUCAAAAUACACUGAAAAGGUUACAUGUCAGUGACUGGUACAUGCGGCUCAUGAAGGAAUGCUAGUCUUGUAUCGGUGACCUCCUUCAGUGUUCACCAUUACGAUGGCAGUCGUAAAACAACUGUCAGAUGCUAUUCUGGAUAUGGAAUCGUUCAAGGACGUUGCCAUCAAAUCGUUUGACCACCGUCUUCCUCAAGUCAAACAGAGAGGCAACAGUCAGGAGAAUAUAGAGCAGCAUGUUUUGAAGCGACAACAUGAACCUGCUGAUCAGGUGGUUAUUUAUCCAAGAUUGUCGGACCAAAACGGGAAACACCUGUCACAGCUAUUAAAACAACGUCUACAGGCAUCAAAUAGCGUUGGUCUUGCGUACAUAGCUAAGAACCUUGCUGUUUCUGCAAACUUUGUAGCUAAGCCUAAGCCUGACAGUGUCCUUCUGGACGUGUGUUUGAUUACGGAGACGAAGCCCACCAUGAUCCUGAGUGUUGUGAAAGAAGAAGACUCACAGUCCACAACAGCCAGGCGAUAUAAUCUGUCACUAGCUAAAGGGGUAAAUGAUGCCAUACGGAGAUUCACCGAUCAACAGUUCAGCUCCGUGUAUGGAGUGAUCAACGAGAAAGAACUGUCUGAACAAUGUGCCUUUGAUAAUGUACUUUCGAAUAUAAAGAAAGCGGUAUCAAGGAUCUGUGUGACUGGAUCUUUAGCAAUGUCUGUUCAGAAAUAUCCCAAAGUCCUGCAUGCGUUUCUGAACUCCAUUGCUGUGACCCGUUUUGUUACUGGAGCUGCUGAAGAUGCCUCGUCACUAUGGUUACUUACUCUUGAACAGUUUUGCAUCCUCACCGAAAAUGUCAGCGAAAAGGAAGUGACAGUUUUAGCCAAGCCACAUUGCGGGGGGAAUGUUCUUCUUCAUGAAGUUGCAUCUCGACUCAAUAAAGGUGGACCCACAAUGCUUCUUUUACACUCCAGAAAUCAACAUUUGGACUUUGCAAGGAAAAUGUCCGUUUGUCGUCACAUAUUUACCUUGGGUGAAUUUACGGAGAAACAGGACAGAGAAUGUUUGCCUUCAGAAGUUGAAAACUUGGUUACAGACUGUACCCAGACUGAAAUUUCUAAACUGGGACUUCAUCCUAAAUGCGCCUGGUAUUUCCGCUACAGUGGAGAUGCACGUGAGAUCGAGUUGCUUGAGGAUCGUUUGCAGAGUUUGGAGUCGAAAGGAUCUACAGAUGACAGGCAGUGGGCGUCAGGAAAAGUGGAUGGAUACGACGAUAAUUGUCUCAUCACAUUAGGAGAGGAGAAAUCGCUAGAGCAAACUUUCGACAAGAAAGGAGAUUUAUACAAGUUUCUACAAAUGUCGAUGACAAGGAAAAGGCGGUCAAUUCUCUGUUCCCAGGAAAAGGUCCUGUUCUUGAGAAACGUUGCAAGGAGUUUGAAUGAACGCGGCCUUGACAUCCAAAGGGAACUAGAUGCCUCUUAUGCUGAGAACAGCAAUGCUGAGAUCAGCCCGUUCCGGAACACAGAUUUAAAGAAGGACGACAAAUGUAUCCGAAAGAGAAAGAAAUCUCCACUAAACAAACUGCAUAAAAGAAGAAAGUGUGAGACGGACACUACACACAAAGAGAGAUCUGUUCCAAACGCUGGUAUCAGUUCCACAAUGAGUGACGAGGCUGAAAGGAAUCACGGACACAAAGCUGAGGAGGAUAUGGCGGAACUAAAGCAAAAGGUGACAGAAAUAGAACAGGAGACAACCCGUAUAAGACAACAACGACAUUCAAUCAGGACUGUUGAAUGGCGGGCUGUAUUGGAUCAAAUGACAAGAAAGGCUGAUGUCAUAUCUGUCAUAUCUGAGCUUGAACCAAUGCUACGAAAAUCAGUACCAGGUGUCGAGGGAAAUCCUGGAUCAACUGAGCAUCAAAACUGUACAAGAAUUAUAUCAGGCAGCCACGGAGAUCGUAACAAUAAACAUGCAUUGCCAUAUCGCUUGGCACAGUUUCAGCAUGGAACAGAGAGUGGAAAGGACUUGUUGUCGCUGGCAAAACAAAUGAUCACCGAGGACAAUAUCAAUCAAGUCAAAUUCGAAGAAGAGGAAUGCAGUUUGGAAAAUUAUGUUGCCUCAAGGUGUGGCUGUCCUAUCCAUGUUAUUGGAAUGUUGCGGGCAUGUUGUCGGCUACUGGAAUGUCCAAGACUAAGUCUGGACACCGCAAGCCUCGACACUGACAAGUACCACAUAACUGAAGAAGAUGAAUUGGUAAACUCACCAGGCACAUCACAAUCAUCUGACGCUCGCAAAUUAAAAAUGUAUUGGGGGAUAUGCAGUUCCACCCCUAUCGAUCUGACCAAUAUCCUGCCCUCCUCUCACUACUGGGAGAUCCACUGUACUGUCGGUGUGAUAAAAGGGUGGUGGAGAAUCGUCUUGGAUUUCGGGGUGGUUGAGGAAACACAGGUUGACAGAGAGCGAUGGGCUUGUUAUCAACCGCGGUCCUGGUGUGUGUGUCUAGAAGACUGUGACAUCCACACUGGUGUGUGUGCUAAAGUAUUUAAUGAUAAGAAACACGUCAAGUGCUUCCCUGAUGCUGUGUCUCUAAUCCCUGGCACACAGGCGUCCCUCCACUAUGGCGUUGUGCUGGAUGUAGGGAGGGGGAGAAUCUCCUUUAUUGAUGUUACCAGAGAGGUUGUAUUGGGCAAGUUUGAUGUUGUGUUCAGAGAAAACCUUUACCCGGUGUUUGGAGUAACUCCACGACAGGAUCGCUACACUGUCAGGAUGAAGUUGGUCAGUGGAGAGGACGUCACAAUCACGGAAUCAAAACGUGAUCUCAUUUACAAGACAGUGACAUAGAGGAAUAUUAUUUUAAUGAGAGAUGUGGAACAAUUGAAGCCAUUAAUCGAUCGUUAUGUUAUCUUUAUACAACUGUGUAGUGACAGAUGUAAUCACCGUUCUGAGAAGAAUGCGUGACACAUGUUGUCUCAGCUUACGCAAGUGAGUCUGUUCACCAAGCAGCAAUUGGGUACCCGGUGGGAUAAGUCAUAUGGCAAUCAACGUUCUAGCGCUGACAUGCUGCUUGGGUUAUUCAGGGUAAUAAUGUCUAUUAUGUACAUUAUGCCAUUUCUUAAGGGUGGAAGUAACACAAGUAACAGUGCGCCUAUACCCGGGGUGAAGUUCGUACACUCUGUGUAAUGGACACAUUACCACAAAGAUGAAUAUUAUUAUAAGCAUUACAUAUUGAAGUCUUUCCUGACCAAAUAUACACACAUAUAUACAAGCUAACCAUUGCAUAAUAAUAAUUCACAUAUACAAGCUUACCAAUGCAUAAUAAUCACUCAGAUAUACAAGCUAACCAUUGCAUAAAGAUCAUUCACAUAUACAAGCUAACCAAUGCAAGAUAAUCAUUCACACAUACAAGCUAACCAAUGCAUAAUCAUUCAGAUAUACAAGCUAACCAUUGCAUAAUAAUCAUUCACAUAUACCAGCUAACCAUUGCAUAAUAAUCAUUUACACAUACAAGCUAACCAAUGCAUAAUCAUUCAGAUAUACAAGCUAACCAUGCAUAAUAAUCAUUCACAUAUACCAGCUAACCAUUGCAUAAUAAUCAUUUACACAUACAAGCUAACCAUUGCAUAAUAAUCAUUCACAUAUACAAGCUGACCAAUGCAUGAUAAUCCUUCUCAUAUACAAGGUAACCAUUGCAUAAUAAUCAUUCAGAUAUACAAGCUAACCAAUGCCUAAUAAUCAUUCACAUAUACAAGCUAACCAAUGCAUAAUAAUCAUUUACACAUACGCUAAUCAAUGCAUAAUAAUCAUUCAUGUAUACGCUAACCAAUGCAUUAUAAUCAUUCAAAUUACAAGCUAACCAGUACAUAAUAACCAUUCACACAUACAAGUUAACUAAUGCAUAUUCAUAGGGAAAUAUAUGGUUUCAUUAAUUGUAUUGAUGCAGUAUAUAUAUGUUUGUUAAAUAUGCAUCAUGUCGAGUUUGUUUAUUAAACGUUAGAUGUCACAGUGCCCUAUAGACACUCGUAAAUUAUAUUAUUUUUUUGUCAAUAAAAUGUUUUAAAGGAGAUUUUAA